AUGGCCAUUUUCUCCCUCGGUAUCUUCCGCGAUUUCCUCUACGAACGCGCCUUACGCUCUCAACCCACUCACCCUCUGCUCUUAACCCCCAUCUCCCAAUAUAUAUCCUAUGCACUUCUCAUCAGCGGUAAUACACUUGUCCUGAGCUCCAUGUGGGCACUGGGUGUCACGGGUACAUAUUUGGGAGAUUAUUUUGGGAUUCUGAUGGAUAAAAUGGUGACGGGUUUUCCGUUCAAUGUAUCGAGUGCGCCGAUGUAUUAUGGGAGUACGAUGAGUUUCUUAGGGACGGCGCUGCUGUGGGGAAAACCGGCGGGGAUUCUGUUGACGGUGGAGGUUUUGCUGGUUUAUCUUGUGGCGUUGAGGUUUGAGGAUCCGUUUACGGCGGGGAUUUAUGAGAAGAGGGAGAAAGUGAGGAAGGCGAAGGGGGGAAAGAAGGGAUUGUAG